GGAACCUCAGCUGCGGCCAGAACUUUGGGGCCCCCAAAUGUGGGUGGGAAGGGAGCCCCAAGUUACCCCGAUGGGUCUGCCCUUCACACUAGCCAUUGUCCUGGAGGAAGCUCCAGAAGUUACUGGCCAUCUCCAGGAAACUUACUAUAAUCUUUGUAUGGAAAAGUCCCAGAAAAUUAAUUAUUUUAUAUUGCAUAUACUCCAAGAAGUCGAUGAAGAACUCGAAAAGGGGUCAGAAGGAAUCACAUUAAAUAUUGCUGGUAACAGUCGCUUAAUGCCAGAAGAAAGAGUAACAGGCAAAGAUUUUUGGAUUCUUUUCAGAAUUUUAAAGAAGAAUCCAUAUAUCAGUGGUUUGGAUGUUAGAUAUAACCUCAUAAGUGAUGUUGGUGCAUACUAUGCUGCAAGACUGCUUCAGAAGCAACAUAAACUCAUUUACUUAAACCUUAUGUUUAAUGAUAUUGGGCCAGAAGGUGGAGAAUUGAUUGCUAAAGCACUACAUAAGAAUACAACUCUGAAAUACCUAAGAAUGACUGGAAACAAGAUUGAAAAUAAAGGUGGAAUGUUUUUUGCUGCAAUGCUACAAAUUAAUUCAUCUUUAGAAAAAUUAGAUUUGGGUGACUGUGACCUGGGAAUGCAAAGUGUGAUAGCAUUUGCUACAGUCCUAAUGCAAAACCAAACAAUUAAGGGAAUAAACCUAAACCGACCUAUACUGUAUGGUGAACAGGAAGAAUCCACAGUUCAUCUAGGCCACAUGUUGAAAGAAAAUCACUGCCUUGUUGAACUACACGUGUGUAAGCAUAAUAUAAAAAACUGUGGUAUGAAACAGUUAUGUGACGCACUGUAUCUGAACAGAAGCCUACGCUACCUUGAUGUCAGCUGCAAUAAAAUAACUUGUGACGGAAUGGUGUGUUUGGCUGAUGUACUGAAAAGCAAUACUACCCUGGAAGUACUAGAUCUUUCUUUUAACAGAAUAGAAAAUGCAGGAGCAAAGCAUCUCAGUGAAACUCUUGCUUCACACAACAGGAGUCUUAGAGAGUUGUCAGUAGUCAGCAACAACAUACAGGGAGAAGGACUGGUUGCACUUUCACAGUCAAUGAAAACAAAUCUCACACUCUCGAAUGUUUACAUUUGGGGAAACCAAUUUGAUGAGGCUACAUGUGUGGCUUAUUCAGACUUAAUUCAAAUGGGCCGUCUAAAACCAGACAAUACAGAUGUGGAGCCAUUUGUGGUGGAUGGACAUGUGUAUCUUGCAGAAGUCUCCAAUGGCCUUAAAAAGCAUUACUACUGGAGACCAACUUACGGAGAAGCUUGCACGAACUCACCUAAUGCAGGUUUUACUCUUGUACCAGUAGGUGGACAUCUAUGAAAAACAAGCUCUGAAAUUUUCACAUUAUUUGUCUUAUGUUAAUAUUGCCUAUUAA